AUGGAACGUGAGUUUGGUGUGAAAAUCAGUUAUAGCAAAGCACAUAGGGGGAAGCUCCAUGCCUUAAAUAUGCUACAUGGUACACCAAGGGACAGUUUUCAGAAAUUAUCUUCAUACUGUCACGUCGUAGGAGAAAGUAACCCGAGGACCGUUACCCACAUCGAAGUUGAUUCUUAUAAUAGGUUUCGUUACUUCUUCGUAGCUUUUGGUGCAAGCAUUCGUGGAUACAUGCAGUACUUGAGACCCGUUAUUUGUGUUGAUGGCAGUCACUUGAAAGGUCCAUACAAAGGUACACUCCUAGUGGCAACUACCCAAGAUGGUAACAAACAGAUUUAUCCAUUGACAUGGGAGAUCGUGGAUGCUGAAACCAAUAAAUCGUGGAAGUGGUUUUUGUCGAACUUGAAAGACCUUAUAGGGGAUUCCGAAGAACUCGUGUUCGUUUCAGACAGGAAAAAGAGUAUUCAAAAAGCUAUUUCUCAGUUGUUUCCGUCGUCUCGGCAUGGUUGUUGUAUAUGGGUCGAGGACUUCGAACGACUCAUGGGACAGAUUUGUAGAGUGAGCGAAAGAGCGCACGGGUACUUAGAGCGAGCGGGAUAUUCAUUUUGGUCCAGAGCACUAUUUAUUGGGCACCGUUACAAUAUUAUGACAAACAACAAUGCAGAGUCGUUGAACUCGAUGUUGAGAGAAGCCCGAGGGAAGACGUUGUAUGAGCUUUGCUCCCGUUAUUAUUCAUCGGACUACUGGAAGGGUGCCUACAACGAAACUAUAUAUCCUGUUCCGAGGGAAGUGGAUUGGGUUGUUCCGAGCUUAAUUACAUGUACUCCUAUUUUCCUACCACUCGUACGUCGUCCUCUAGGUAGACCACCAACCCGCCGUAAGCGUUCUAGGUGUGAGUAUGCAUGGUCUACCAGAAAAUAUACCCGCUGUGGUAGAGUUGGUCAUAAUCGGACCACGUGUUUAAACCCCCGUGUAUCACAUACUCCUUAA